GCAAGAACAUGGGGAAGCAGAAGAAGACAAGGAAGUAUGCGACCAUGAAGCGAAUGCUGAGUCUCCAAGACGAGAGAUUGAAAGAAAAGGAUAGAUUAAAAUCAAAAAAGAAAGAAAAGAAAGAUCUGUGUGCUCUCAAGGAAAGAGAAGUCAUCAAGCACCCUUCCUGCCUAUUUUUCCAGUAUAAUACACAGCUGGGCCCACCAUACCAUAUUCUGGUUGAUACCAACUUUAUCAACUUUUCCAUUAAAGCCAAAUUGAACUUAGUACAAUCAAUGAUGGAUUGUUUAUAUGCUAAGUGUAUCUCUUGUAUAACUGACUGUGUCAUGGCUGAGAUUGAGAAACUGGGGCAGAAAUAUCGAGUUGCUCUCAGGAUUGCCAAGGACCCAAGAUUUGAACGAUUACCAUGCACACACAAAGGAACAUAUGCAGAUGACUGUUUAGUACAAAGAGUAAUGCAGCACAAAUGUUACAUUGUGGCCACUGUUGACCGAGACCUUAAAAGAAGAAUCCGGAAGAUCCCUGGAGUUCCCAUCAUGUACAUUUCUAACCAUAGGUACAACAUUGAGCAGACUCCGGACGAUUAUGGAGCUCCUCGGUUCUAGUUGUUGAAUGCUAAAGUUCUGCUGCUGCCUUCAACUUUCUCUGUUGCUAGUUCACUAAAUAUGUUCUAGCAUGUCUGAAUUACCAUUUCACACACCCAUUUGUUCUGUCACGAACUUAGAAUGGUUAAGUACAUUCACAUUAUGUUGUUUUGAAAAUGAUACUUUGAGAGCCAGAGCACAGUAGAAUGUGUAGGGCAUUUGCCUUGCAGGAGACAACCCAAGUUCAGUCCCCUGAACCCCAUAUGAUCCCCUGAGUCAUGCCAGGAAUAAGCCCUGAGCAUUGCCUGGUGGCCCUGAACAAGGAGAAAAUGAUAGUUUGUAUCAUUACAAAUUUUGUCGCAUAUUUUUAUAAAUUAUAUUGUUCUUCACAUAAAAAAAAAAAGAAAA